AUGUCCCAAUCACUGAAGCUAAUCAAGGAACAUGCCUCCAACCCCAAAUUCUGGUUGAUCAUCGGAGUAGGAGUUGCCGGAAUCGUGGUUCUGGCGGAGACCCGGCGUAGAACACUGCGGAAUAAAACACCCAAACAAUACUUUGGUGCUUUUCUUGAGCGCUUUGAACUUCUUCCCUUUCCUCAGCUUCCUCCUCCUGCUGCCAAGCAACCGCUCUCUGCUCUAACCUUUGCCAUAAACGACACGUUUGAUGUGAAGGACUAUGUGACGGGGUUUGGAAAUCCUACGUGGAAAAGUACACACAAGGCAGCGGAGAAGACUGCGGUUGUGGUGACUGCUCUGCUCAAGAGCGGGGCCACUUGUGUUGGCAAGACUGUUGUGGACGAAUUCUCUUUUGGGAUUUCUGGCGAGAACAAGUAUUAUGGAACUCCAACUAAUCCUCGGAUGCCAUCAUGUAUACCAGGAGGGUCUUCUUGUGGUUCAGCAGUAGCAGUUGCUGCAGGGCUUGUGGACUUUGCCGUUGGUACUGAUACUACAGGAUGUGUGAGAAUUCCAGCAGCAUUCUGUGGUAUUUUUGGUUUUCGACCAUCCCAUGGGACUGUAUCUACCAUUGGAGUUCUUCCAAAUGCACAAAGCUUGGACACGAUUGGAUGGUUUGCUCGCGAUCCAUCUAUCCUGCAUCGUGUUGGACAUGUUUUACUUCAAUUGAGUUCGGUGGAGACCAAAAGGUCCAGGCGUAUCAUAUUUGCUGAUGAUCUUUUUCAGUUAUCUAAAAUUCCUACACAGAGGACAAUAAAUGUUAUUGGUAAAGCUAUUGAGAAUAUGUCUGGGUAUCAGGAUCCAAAGCAUUUGAAUCUCUGUCAGUAUAUUGAUUCAAAGGUGCCCAGUCUAAGGCUUCAUGAGCGAUCAACAGACGUACAAAAUGAAACAUCUAUAUUGAAAACUCUCUCUUCGGUUAUGCUUUCUUUACGAGGGUAUGAAUUUAAAACCAAUCAUGAAGAAUGGGUUAAAUCACUCAAAUUCAAGUUAGGUUAUAGUGUGUCUGAUCAUGUUAUUGCAGCCAUUAGUACUGUAUAUGAUAAUAUAAAAGCUUUGUACAAAGUUAGGACUGAGAUGCGUCGUGCUUUUCAAAGUCUAUUGAAGGAUGAUGGAAUACUAGUUAUCCCUACUGUAGCAGACAGCCAAUUAAAGCUUAAUACAAAUAAAGGUUUUUCUUCCGAGUUCCAAGACAGGACAUUUGCAUUAUCGAGCAUUGCCAGUGUAUCUGGAUGUUGUCAGGUUUCAAUUCCAUUAGGAUAUCACGAUGGUUGUUGUGUUUCUAUUUCAUUCGUCUCUUUUCAUGGAGCUGAUAAAUUUCUUUUAGAUACGGUCUUGGAUAUUUAUUCAACUCUUCAAGAGCAAGUUAGUGUUGGUUCCGAUUACUCGCCAUUACCUGAUAUAAGUGGCAACAGGGAAACUUCUGAACUUUUAAAAGAGAAGGGAAAUGCAGCAUUCAAAGAAAGGCAAUGGAGUAAGGCAAUCAGUUACUACACCGAGGCCAUCAAAUUGAAUGGGACGAAUGCAACAUACUACUGCAAUCGAGCAGCUGCUCACUUAAAAUUAGGAGGCUUUCAGCAAGCCGCAAAAGACUGCAGUGAGGCAAUAUUGCUUGAUAAGAAGAAUGUGAAGGCAUAUCUGAGACGUGGAGCUGCUAGAGAAUCACUACUACGUUAUGAAGAGGCACUUGAAGAUUUCAAGCAUGCUCUUGUUCUUGAACCACAAAACAAGGAUGCUAGUCUAGCUGAGAAAAGACUUAGAAAAUUGAUGAGUUAA